UGGACGUAGGGACCUCUUCUUGAAGAGGAGAAAAUAUAAAGCAUCAAGACGCAAAUUUGACUAAAAUUAUUGAUUUCGUCGGUGGCACUUUAUAAUCGCAGCUAUGGUUCAGUCUUGCUCUGCAUACGGAUGUAAAAAUAGAUACCACAAAGACAAAAAUAUUUCUUUUCACAAAUUCCCUCUUGCUCGUCCAGACGUCUGUGGAAAAUGGGUUGCGGCGAUGAGACGGAACAACUUCAAACCAACAAAAUACAGCAAUAUCUGUUCGCAGCAUUUCACAAAAGAAUGCUUCAAACGAGAGUGCAACAACCGAGUACUAAAGGAAAACGCAGUACCUUCAGUCUUCUGUUUCAACAGAUUACAUAAAAAGGAAGAAGCCCUACAGGACCCGGAUCUCCCGGAGACGGACUUCCAGAUGGUUCUGCCCCUCCCCGACUCGGACCGGGCCCCGACGCCACUGCAGCCGGAGCCGGCCGAACAGCCCAGCCUUCAGGCGCGGGCGGCGGGGGCGGCGGACUCCGACCUCACGUCCAGCAUGUCGGUCUCCUGCGACCACAACUACACGGUGGAGGACACGGUGCAGCAGAAGAAGCGCGUGGAGCAGCUGGAGGAGCAGGUGGAGAAGCUGCGCAAGAAGCUGAAGACAGUGCAGCAGAAGUGCCGCCGUCAGGAGCGGCAGCUGGAGAAACUGAAGGCCGUGGGCGAGUUCCACAAGGCCAGCAAGGACGCAGCCUUGGGGGAGAGCUACGUCAUUCUGCCCAAAGAGCUCUACGAUAUCCUCAAAGGAAUCGAGUCCAUCAACGGCUUGUAGUGACUAAUGGCCCGGCCGUCGCAGGGAAACGCUUUUUUUUUUCGUUGUGUUUCCCUCCUUAGGUCGUCUAUAAGUGGUGGUCUUUCGAUGGUCUAAAAUCCCCCUACUUUAAAGUUAUACUUGAAUCAGUUCAACCCAUUUACUAAUAUGAAUGGGAUAUUUUAGUUUUGUCAAGCUUGCUUUGCAAGUAUUCCUUAAAGGGUUGUGUAAAAUCUGGAUAUUUUAGUGUCACACAUCGUCAAGGUAAGGCAAUGAAAGUGGUUCUGAAAAGAUAUAUUUAUAUGAUAUCAUAUAAUGAUUGUGUAGCGUUUCCUCAUCACAGAGGAACAGAAUUUACCCUUUAAUGUGAAUUGAAAUCGGCUCAGCAUAGAGGCUUAAAAUAUUUACAGUAUCAAAAUAUUAUGCAAAGAUAAAUUAUACACGUAUCUCUUCACAACCACUUGCUGUAUAAUGUCUAAUUGAUCUUAAAAAAUAAUUUGUUUCCUCUCAACAAAAUACUUGUUGGGUGUGACUGGACUGGAGGGAUUUCUUUCUGCAGUAUGAACUGCAAAUGUUAUCUCCUGGCCAUGAUCAGAAUUUAAGUUCAAUUUGCCAUACUCCAUCAAAGUGCAUUAAGGCGGGGUAUUUACACAGUAUUUAAAAGGAAAGAUAACAGAUUAUGAACAUGCAUUCACAGUAAAUUUACAUUAUCACCUCCACUUUUCAAAUUAAAACAGCGUUUUAUGAUUUGUUAAAGCAGCAAAAUGUCAGUUUUUUUACUCAUAAUUAACUGCCAUUUUUUGCGACCCACUGAGAUUGUUGACAAUGUUUUGCCAGUAACUCCAAUGUUCUCGGACAUAGUGGAAUGUAAAGUAAAUAAAGAGGACCAUAAAACAAAUAA